AUGGCUGAUGAUACAACAAAUAUAUUGCAUUUUGCAUCAAUAAUGAUGUUCCUUCCACAAUGGAUGUCAACAAUGUUCAUAGACAACAUCAUGAUUUCAAAAGUAUUUAAUUUCCCAUUUACAAUUAAAAAUAUGGGAAUUUUAUUGAGAUGGAAGAAUUCUUGGGUUAUAUUAGGAAUAACAUGUGGUUUCAUUUGUGCUUAUUUACUUCUCUUUUUCUUGUUGAACAUUUUAAUGCCUAGGAAUUGUGGUUCUGCACCAAUUGGAUUUUCAAACAUAUUCUCUUUGACAGCUUGGAAACAACUAUUUUCAUUUAGAAGAAAACAAUUGGUUGAAAUAGAAGGUCAACGCUUCAUUGAAGUUAUUGGUUUAGAUAAAACAUAUAAAGGUUCAACCCCUGUUCACGCUCUUCGAAAUGUUUCUCUUUCAAUUGAUAAAGGAGAUGUGACUGUUUUAAUUGGUCCUAAUGGCUCAGGAAAAAGUACUUUGUUGAAUGCAAUGACAGGAAGCAUCAGUAGUGAUAAAGGGGAUCUUAAAAUAUUUGGUGAGAAAUGCGUUUCUGGUUUCAGCUCAUUGCAACAACAUUUAGGAAUUUGUUACCAAGAAAACAUUUUGUUUGAGAGAUUGAAUGUUUACAAGCACCUUGAAUUCUUUGCAACAAUAAGAGGCGUCGAAAAUACUAAACUGAAAGAAGUUAUUGAUCAUAGCUUGAGUAACUUCCGAUUAGAUGGACUCGAAAACAUGAAAGCAACAACAUUGAGUGGCGGUCAAAAGAGAAAACUUUGCACUGCAAUCGCUUUCAUUGGAAAUCCAAAGCUGGUCAUUUUGGAUGAGCCAACAGCUGGAAUGGAUGCAAGCAUUAGACAGGAAAUAUGGAAAGCGAUUUCAUGUUACAAUAUCACAUCAAUUGUAAGUACACAUUCUAUUGAAGAAGCAGGAAUUCUUUCCAGCAGAAUGCUUGUGAUGAGAAAUGGAGAAUUGAUCUUCGAAGGAAUUUCAAAUGAAUUGAGAAGUAAGUUUAUAGAUACAAGGUGA